UCUCCCUGGGAGGCCCUAGCAAUAGGAUCACCCCCUUUUCCACGCAUCUCCCUAGAUCUCGGGACGGUGGUUUGAUGCCUUGAAACAAAGGAAAGAAAAACCGUAUUGAUCCCCGUGACCAGUGGCAUUAGCAACUAAGUCUUCCAGACCUCCCCGCAGCUCCCCUGGCAGUUGGAGAGCUGAUUCUGUGAUCUAAAUAGGAGUGUUUGGGGAUUCGUCGUUGGUAGGGGCGAUAGUCGGCCUUCCCAAAAAACGCCCAGGGAGGGGGGGCUGGGCGCAUGCGCGUGUCACCGCCCGGCGCCUUGUACGGAGCGGUCUGGGAAGAGACCUGCUGGUAAACAGGAAGUGAGCUCGGGAGCUGGGCUCAGAAAACAUCUGGCGAAGAUGACACACUGGUUUCAUAGGAACCCAUUAAAAGCCACAGCACCUGUGUCUUUUAACUACUACAGUGUAAUCACUGGGCCUCCUGCUUCAAAAAUUUGCAAUGAGUUGAGAUCAUCCAGAACAAGACUCCUUGAGCUGUUCACUGAUUUAAGCUGUAAUCCAGAAAUGAUGAAGAAUGCAGCAGAUUUGUAUUUCUCACUUUUACAAGGUUUCAUAAAUUCAUUGGAUGGAUCUACUCAAGAAAGCAAGUUACGAUAUAUUCAGAAUUUCAAGUGGACUGAUACAUUACAAGGACAGGUUCCCAGUGCCCAGCAGGAUGCUGUCUUUGAAUUGAUUUCCAUGGGGUUUAAUGUAGCUUUAUGGUAUACCAAGUAUGCUUCAAGACUGGCUGGAAAAGAAAACAUAACAGAAGAAGAAGCAAAAGAUGUCCACCGAAGCCUGAAGAUUGCGGCUGGGAUUUUUAAGCACUUAAAGGAAAGUCAACUGCCAAAACUUAUCACACCUGCAGAAAAGGGAAGGGAUUUAGAGGCUCGGCUCCUAGAUGCGUAUAUUAUCCAGUGUCAGGCUGAAGCUCAAGAAGUAACAAUUGCUCGAGCAAUUGAAUUAAAACAUGCACCUGGACUAAUUGCUGCUUUGGCAUAUGAAACAGCCAAUUUCUAUCAAAAAGCUGAUCAUACUUUAUCCAGUUUGGAGCCUGCAUACUCUGCUAAAUGGAGAAAAUAUCUUCACUUGAAAAUGUGCUUCUACACAGCUUAUGCUUACUGUUACCAUGGUCAGACUUUGUUGGCUAGUGAUAAAUGUGGUGAAGCAAUCAGGUCUCUACAAGAAGCAGAAAAAUUUUAUGCAAAAGCAGAAGCACUGUGCAAAGAAUAUGGAGAAACCAAAGGACCUGGACCAACAGUCAAACCGUCGGGACACUUGUUCUUCAGGAAGCUUGGAAACCUUGUGAAGAAUACACUUGAAAAAUGUCAGAGAGAAAAUGGGUUUAUUUAUUUUCAAAAAAUUCCAACUGAAGCUCCGCAGCUGGAACUCAAAGCAAAUUAUGGCCUUGUAGAGCCUGUACCUUUUGAAUUUCCUCCUACAAGUACUCAGUGGACACCAGAGACGUUGGCCGCCUUUGACCUCACCAAGAGACCCAAGGAUGACAGUGCCAAACCCAAAUCAGAAGACGAUGUGAAACCUGUGAAAGAACCAGAUAUCAAACCUCAGAAGGACACUGGGUGCUACCUAUCCUAACAGACUCCGGAGGUCAGACAGACACCGAGAUAGCUUGAACCACGGAAUUUCACUCAGAGGGAACCUCCCUUCGGUUUAUGUGUUCUUGAUUUUGAAUACAGUGGAGAAGUUUCCAUGCUUUGUUUCCAGACUCUCCUUUUUAAUCAGGACAAUACUUGAAAGUUUUUCUUGUGCCUCUGAAGGGUGUACUGGGGUAGAUCUUGUUUUGAACUCUGGGUAGUAAUAAUUUCAGGUUGACACAGAACCUAAUCAUGUAGUUUUCAUAUUCAGGUAUAUUUUUAUGUUUUCACAAGAAAAAGUUAUGUUCCUCCUUAUUUGACAAAAAAGGAAUGAUAGGAAAUUUUUUAACAAAGAGUUUUUUUUUCCUCAGCAUUUUAUUAGUUUUAGUACAGACUUGAAAUGUUCUCGGUCAUUUAUCUUUUCUAGUAGAAAAACUGUGACUUAAAGACAGACCACCUUCAUACCAAAUUGCUUACGUACAUUAGAAUCUGUAAUUUACUUGAAAAUCCGUGUUUAUAGGUAUGUUGAGUCUUACAGGAACAUAUAUCUAUUCUUGUAACCCUGUGUUUCAUUGUUUCAAUAACCCUAGUUGAUUUUUACAAGCACCUUUUCUGAUGGGUUUUUUACUUAGUGAAAGAACUUUGUAGUAGCUGCUAAUGUUUCUAUGGAAAAGAAGACAGUGAGAAUGGAAAGUGUUUUUUCAAGUAAAAUUUUGCAUGAUGUAAAGAAGAAAUGAAGCUUAUGAGGCAGGUUGUCCUGAAUUACACCGGUAACUUUGUUAAAGAAGUUACAGGAAAACGCCACUGUUGCCUGUUUCAGUAUACUUUGCUUUUAUAUGGUUUUCUAAUACAAGUGUUCCUCUGGGAUUGUAUUAAUUUAGGUUGCAGGCCACAGUAUAAAUUUAAAGGACAAAUUUAAAUGCAGUAUAAUCCGAACAAUAGAUUGUAAUCCCAAGAAUUAGAUUAGUAUAUGCAGAUUUGGGAAAUAAUGGAGGCAUAAUCACAAUGACAGUUGUCCUGCAUUGUAAGAUUGUCCCCUUUUGAUUAUUCUCCUGGCAUGCUGGCUAGCUUUCCUGUUGUAAUGGACAGAUUGGUCCACAAAACAGAAACAAUAAUAAUAAUGUGUAUUGAGAGCUUGCUGUGUGCCAGGUGCUAUGCUGAUUAGUUACACGAUAAACUGUUGAUUCCACAGAGCAGCCCUGUGAGAAAUAAAUGAGAGCUGCAUAAAAUACUGACAUAAGAAUACAUAUUUCAUUAUGAAGGAUGAAUAGAUUAUGUGUUUCUGAGUCACUGUUUUUCAGAUGAAUGACUAUUUCCAUACUGUAUCGUAGCUCACAGUUCAUAGAGACACUCCUUAGGAAAAGCUACACAGUGUGGGGAUUUUUUUGUAAAUAUACAGAUUUGCUCAUUGCUGCUUGUAUUAUGAUAUCUGAUAUUUGAGGCUGCAGCUUCCAGAAUAGCUGGAGUAAUAACAAACAGGACUCUAGAUUUAUUUUGAUGUCUGUAGGAAAAAAUAACUUAAUAAAUUUCCACAUAUUUUGUGUGAUGCCCGUUACAAAGCCCAUUUGCUGUAAGCUAUUCGCUAACAACUACGCAGUACUACUCAGAUGUUUUCUACCUAUAGGAUUUAUUUAUCUUAGGGAAUAGUGCCUGUUAACCUAGUUACAAUGUUUUCACAUUGACAUUUUUUGUGGAUUCUAUCACCAAACAUGAAUUGGAAACAUGAAAUAUCCUCAGUGCUUCUAUAGAGCUCAGUAAACAUGGUAUUACUUUAAAUCAGUAAUUAAACAAUCUGUUGGCUCAGCUAAGAUGAUGCUUUGUGAUUGAAAUAUCCUAUCCCAUCAUAUAUAAUGCUUUCUGGCUUGGCAUUGAAGAUUUGGGGAAAUGAUCAAAUGUAAAGAAGUUGUGUGAAGAUUAUACAGAGAUGUAAUAAUUUGUGUUAACUGCAUUUCAUCUCAAGCAGUGACAGCUAACAUGUAACUUCUGCUAAAGGUGUUAUUUGUAUAAUGAGUUAUCUUUUUAUUUAUGAAAAUAAAUAAUUUUACUUA